AUGUCGAAGAGAAUAAUGUGUGAAGUAUUCUGUACUGCUGAGGACUUAGGAAUGGACAUCUUUUAUAGCGAUACCGACAGUAUGCAUCUCUACAAUGAAGAUAUCCCUCGUUUAGCUGAAGAGUUUGAGAAACGUUAUGGAAGAGUUCUCAUUGGUAAAAACCUUGGUCAAUUUCAUAGCGACUUUGCAGAAAUCACAAAAGAUAAACAAAGUUUAGCAUACAAGUCAAUAUUUUGUGGAAAGAAGACUUACAUAGACUUACUCACGAAUGAUUUAAAUGAAGUUGCAUUUCACUGCAGAAUGAAAGGCGUGAAGCAAGAUGUUAUUGCUUUAACCGCUAAUGAAAUGUUUCCUGACUCUGUUCAGUGUUUCUAUGAUGAAGAUAAAGGUUUAAUGGUUCCGCAAGGAAAAUUUGACAAAGACUCUGAGUUCAGUGUUAUGAAGUUAUAUAAAGCACUUUAUGACGGUCAAGAGAUUGGAUUUGACUUAUGUAAGUCUUCUAGUCCUUGCUUUGCUGAAAAGUUUAACUUCUCAAUAACGACUAAAACAAGCUUUAUUCGUAAGUUGAAGUUCUGA